AUGGCAGUGAGCCAAGGAGCUGGGACCCUCUGCUUUGUCCUCCUGCUGUGCUGCUGGCAAGAAACUGAGCUCCGGCCAAGAACUAUGACUCCAGGUUCAACUACUGAAAUGUCAUUCAGCUCAAAACAUCAGGAUAUGCCUGGAGUGCUUGGGGGCCACUCCCGGCUUCGGGCAUGGAGUGGACUGGCUCAUACUGGACCAGGUCAGGGACCAUGGGUGCAGUUGUUAGAGGUGGAGCGUUGCGGAGACAGCCCAUCCGCCACGGACAGCAGUGACCCCAGUAACGAUGAGGUAACUGAAGCCAGGGUCGGCCAGGAAGUUCAGACAGUGCCCCAGAAGGGCCCACUCCUUAGGGCUGGUCAGCUGAAUCCCGACCUCUGCCUGCCCCCAUCUGCCCUGGGGCCAUCCACCCUUGAUGCUGGUAUUGAUGAGAAUUAUCAAGCGGGUGGUUCUGAGAAUUAUCAUGAAUUAUUAGAGAAUCUGCAAUUUUCUUCUGGCACUGAGGACAAAAUUUCCAAUGACGAAACCAGUGCUAAUGCGAAUCUCCAUGGUGCUCAUUCUGAGAAUUAUCACGGGCCACAGGUGUCUCCUGAGAGUGAGGAGAGUGUAUUCUCCAAAAAGAAGAAUUCAAAAAACACUCAGUAUGAAAAUCUAUCCAUUCUGGACAAAAUUCUUCAAAAUAUGGAAAGAUCUUCAGGAAACAAUUUCCGUAAAGAGCAGCCGAGGACGAGUGCUCAGAGCAGGCGCCCAGGCAGUCAGUGAGGCCGCAGCCACCGGAGCCCCAAGCGGGAGACGCACCUGCGAGGACCUCCACCCACCAGCCUCUGGGACAGGGCACAUGUGUGCACGCGCCCACAUUUCGUGAGCCAUUUGCAUAAAGGAAAAUCGUUAUUUCACACCAUCCAAA